GGGACUACGUCAUGGAUUCACCGCCAGAUCACCUCCUCCCCACCUCACUUUACGCUCCCGAAAUAUACACGCACGGCCCGGCCGCCAUACGUGUGCAUCCUCCCUCUGUUGGCUGCCACCACCCCCGCUGACUGUCCUCCCGUGUUCUUUCUCCUCGCCUGUUUCUCCUCCUCAUGGCCAGCCAACGCCCCGACGGCGGGCGCACUGAUGUGAAGCGUCCGCGCCUGGCCGGCGCCCCGGCCGCUGCGGUCGAUGACGGCGACUCUCCACAGGCGGGCGAGUCGCCCAGCUCCUCGCCGGCGACCGCCAGCACCCCGGGGUCAGGUCAAUCGACCAGCCGCCCGCGCGCGGUCUUCGCCAAGAUGACCCAAUGCGAGAAGAAGCGCCACGUCCGAGAGAUCAAUCGCCGUGCGGCGGCCAAGCUCCGGAACAAGAUCGCCGCCAAUGAAGAUGCCGAGAAGCGCGAGCUCGCUGAUCUUCUCCGGCAAAAUGAGGCCCUCGAGCGCGAGCGGGCCAACCUGGUUGGUGUCAUGCGUGGUCUGGAGACCCUCUGUACACUGCACUCGCUAUCGCAAUGCGAGCUGGCGAAAAAAUCGAAAUAGAUGUGCACCC